AUGUCCCAGUCGGAACUGCAUCGGGAUUUCCACGAUCUGGGAAAGCUGAGUGCCGCGGACGCUGGCAAGGUGGUGUGGGUCCGGGCCCGUAUUGCUAACGUCCGCGCAAAGGGCAAUUCGUGUUUCCUUGUCCUCCGUCAAGGGCCUUUCGAGACGGUGCAGGCGUGUUAUUUCAAGGACAAAAGCGCACCAGAGCGAUCCAAGGCCAUGCUGAAAUUUAUGGGCGGGCUCACUUGUGAGAGCGUCGUGGACGUGCAAGGCACCUUACAAGCUGCGCAAGUGAAAUCGUGCUCGGUCACAGACGUGGAGUUGUCAAUCCAACGGGUCUACGUAGUCUCAUCCGCCGAGGCGAUCCUACCGUUUCAAUUGGAAGAUGCGGGUCGGCCCGAGGCUGAGGUGGAAGCGUCGCAAAGCACCGACCGACCGUUUCCUCGCAUCGGUCAGGAGCUUCGCCUGGAUAACCGGUGGCUGGAUCUGCGCGUUCCUGCCAACAACUGCAUCAUGCGCAUUCAAUCGGGCGUUUGUCAGCUUUUUCGGGAAAGUCUUUAUGCGGAAGGAUUUGUGGAGAUCCACACGCCCAAAUUGAUCGGAGGGGAGAGCGAGGGCGGAGCCGGCGUGUUUAAGACCGACUAUUUUGGUCGACCCGCGUGCCUGGCCCAAUCUCCUCAGCUGUACAAGCAGAUGGCGGUGUCGGCGGAUCUAGGCAGGGUCUUCGAGAUCGGCCCCGUCUUCCGCGCCGAGAACAGCAACACGCGCCGACACCUGUGCGAAUUUACGGGGCUGGACCUGGAAAUGACGCUGGAUGAGCAUUACAACGAGGUCCUCGCCAUCGCACACCGCAUGUUUAAACACAUCUUCGAGGGUUUGGAGACGCGGUUUGCCAAGGAGCUGGCAAUCAUCCGAGAGCAAUAUGCCUCAGACCCGGUCGCCUUCACGGACGGGCCUUGCAUCGUGCACUGGCCGGAAGCCAUCCGGAUGCUGCGGGAGGAGGGAGGAAUGCCCGAGGUGGGCGAGCUGGAAGACUUGACCGGGGCCCAGGAGCUGCGACUCGGGGAGCUCGUCAAAAAAAGGCACGGGGCAGACUUUUUCAUCCUCGACAAGUAUCCAUCGGCUGUCCGUCCCUUCUACACGAUGCCCUGCCCGUCCGAUGCCGCCUACAGCAACUCGUACGACAUGUUUCUGCGUGGCCAGGAGAUCUGUUCGGGCGCUCAACGUAUCCAUGAUCCGGACUUGCUGACUCGGACAAUAGCGGCCAAGGGCUUGCCGAUGGAGCCGUUAGAGUCUUACGUGAAUGCCUUUCGGCAUGGUGUGCCGCCGCAUGGGGGGGCGGGCAUUGGAUUGGAGCGGGUAGUAUUUUUGUAUCUUGGGUUGGAUAAUGUGCGUAAGGCUUCCAUGUUUCCGCGCGAUCCGAACCGGUGCGAGCCUUGA